AGAAUGUUGUGGGUGAGGCUGGGGAAAGAAGGCUGCCUUCGACGCUCCCCUCGAUUUGCAAGAAAGUUAGUUAACCCUACUGGCAUGUCAGUUAAUCUGUGUGAUACAUCAGUUAAUCCUAGCUGCCUGUCAGUUAAUCCUAGUGGUCUGUCAGUUAAUCCUAGUGGCCUGUCAGUUAAUCCUAGCGGUCUGUCAGUUAAUCCUAGUGGCCUGUCAGUUAAUCCUAGUGGCCUGUCAGUUAAUCCUAGUGGCCUGUCAGUUAAUCCUAGUGGCCUGUCAGGUAAUCCUAGUGGCCUGUCAGGUAAUCCUAGUGGCCAGUCAGUUAAUCCUAGUGGCCUGUCAGGUAAUCCUAGUGGCCUGUCAGGUAAUCCAGGUGGCCUGUCAGUUAAUCCUAGUGGCCUGUAA